GCCGGGCGCCGGGGUUGCUGCGGGCGGGUUGAGCUGCGCCCACCCGGCCUCGCCCGCCGCCGGGGCUCGGGCGCUCGGGCCGGGGAUGGCGGCGGCGGCCGAGCCCGGGGCGCGCGCCUGGCCGGGCGACGGCUCCCCGCGCCCUGGCAGCCCGGCCUGCAGUCCCGUGCUGGGCGCCAGAGGCCGCGCACGCCCGGGCUCGGGGCCAGAACGGACUGGCAGAACCACGGGCUCCGCCGCGCCGGGCCACAGCUUCCGCAAGGUGACGCUCACCAAGCCCACCUUCUGCCACCUCUGCUCCGACUUCAUCUGGGGGCUGGCCGGCUUUUUGUGCGACGUCUGCAACUUUAUGUCUCAUGAGAAGUGCCUGAAGCAGGUGAAGACUCCAUGCACGAGCGUCGUGCCCAGCCUGGUGCGGGUUCCUGUAGCUCACUGCUUUGGCCCCCGUGGACUCUAUAAGCGCAAGUUCUGUGGGGUCUGUCGGAAGGGCCUGGAGGUACCUGCGUUCCGCUGUGAAGCGACUGUCGCCAGUGCCACCAGGAUGGGCACCAGGACCAUGACACCUACCAGCACCACUGGCGGGAGGGGAACCUGCCUUCUGGUGCACGGUGUGAGGUCUGCAGGAAGACGUGUGGCUCCUCAGAUGUGCUUGCUGGUGUGCGCUGCGAGUGGUGUGGGAUCCAGGCCCACUCAGUGUGCUCCGCUGUGCUUGCACCCGAGUGCUCAUUUGGACGCCUGCGCUCCAUGGUGCUGCCUCCUACCUGUGUGCGCCUGUUGUCCCGCAACUUCAGCAAAAUGCAUUGCUUCCGCAUCCCUGAGACCGCUGGCCCGGAACCAGGUGAUGGAGAAGACAGCCUGGAUGGAAGUGCUGCCACAGGCCCUAGCAGAGAGACGCUGGCAGCUCUGGACUCCAGUGAGUGCCUCUUUGAGCCACCACCCCAUCCCCAUCUGUUCCAACCCCUUGGAUUCUCAGCUGCUUCCCCCUGGCCCAGGCAAGCAGACCCUGAAGAUCUUUGAUGGUAAUGAUACCAUGAGGAGAAACCAGUUCCGCCUGGUCACACUUCCCCGCCUGGCCAGCAGCCAGGAGGUGCUGGAGGUGGCACUACGGGCCUACUAUAUCAGCGAGGACCCUCAGGACUUUGAGCUACAGGCACUGCCCCUGCCCCCACUGACUGGCGAUGCCCAGGCCCCGGGGAAGGCCGGGAGUAAUGGGACCACUGAGGAGGGCAGCAGAGGCUCUGGGCCCCGAGAGCCCACUCCUGAGGCCUGGGUCAUCCGGGCUUUGCCUCGUGCCCAGGAGGUCCUUAAGAUCUAUCCUGGCUGGCUCAAGGUGGGUGUGGCCUACGUGUCCAUCCGUGUGACCCCACAGAGCACAGCACGGGCUGUGGUGCUAGAGGUCCUCCCGCUGUUUGGACGACAGGCUGAGGAUCCUGAGAGCUUCCAGCUGGUUGAGGUGCUCAUGGGCAGUAGGCAAGUCCAGCGGACAGUGCUGGCAGAUGAGGAGCCCCUACUAGACUGGCUUCGGGACAUCCGACAGACAUCUGUGCGCCAGGUGAGCCAGACGCGGUUCUACGUGACUGAGAGCAGGACAGUGGCCCCACAUAUCUCCCUGCUCGUGGGUGGUCUACCACCUGGCUUGUCCCCCCAGGAGUACAGAAACCUGCUGCACGAGGCCAUGGCCAUCAAAGCCGCUGUGGUGUCCGUGAGUCACGUCUACCCCUCCCAAGGUGCAGUGGUGCUCGAUGUCACUUGCUUUGCGGAGGCUGAGCGGCUGUACAUGCUGGCCAGGGACACAGCUGUGCAUGGCCGUCUGUUGACCGCACUGGUGCUCCCAGAUGUGCUGCACCUGAAACUGUCCCCCGACUGCUGCCCCCUCCUCGUGUUUGUGAAUCCCAAGAGUGGGGGCCUCAAGGGCCGAGACCUGCUCUGCAGUUUCCGGAAGUUGCUGAACCCACACCAGGUCUUUGAGCUGACCAACGGGGGUCCUCUUCCUGGGUUCCACCUAUUCUCCCAGGUGCCCUGCUUCCGGGUGUUGGUGUGUGGUGGGGAUGGCACUGUGGGCUGGGUGCUUGCCACCCUGGAGGAGAUGCGGCACCGUCUGGCCUGCCCAGAGCCAUCUGUGGCCAUCCUGCCCCUGGGCACAGGGAAUGACCUUGGCCGGGUUCUCCGCUGGGGUGCUGGCUACAGUGGUGAGGACCCAUUCUCUGUGCUGGUGUCUGUGGAUGAGGCUGAUGCUGUGCUUAUGGACCGCUGGACCAUCCUGCUGGAUGCUCAGGAGACUGGUAGUGCAGAGAACAGUGUGGUGGAAGCAGAGCCCCCCAAGAUCGUGCAGAUGAGUAACUACUGUGGUAUUGGCAUUGAUGCUGAACUCAGCCUGGACUUCCACCAGGCACGGGAGGAGGAGCCUGGCAAGUUCACAAGCAGGUUCCACAACAAAGGUGUGUACGUGCGGGUCGGACUGCAGAAGAUCAGUCACUCCCGCAGCCUGCACAAGGAGAUCCGGCUGCAGGUGGAGCAGCAGGAGGUGGAGCUGCCCAGCAUUGAGGGCCUCAUCUUUAUCAACAUCCCCAGCUGGGGCUCGGGGGCUGACCUGUGGGGCUCUGACAGCGAUGCAAAGUUUGAGAAGCCACGCAUGGAUGAUGGAUUGUUGGAGGUGGUGGGCGUGACAGGUGUUGUCCAUAUGGGGCAGGUACAGGGCGGGCUGCGCUCUGGAAUCCGCAUUGCCCAGGGUUCCUACUUCCGAGUCACACUCCUCAAGGCCACUCCUGUGCAGGUGGAUGGGGAGCCCUGGGUUCAGGCUCCAGGGCACAUGAUCAUCUCCGCAGCUGGUCCUAAGGUCCACAUGCUGAAGAAAGCCAAGCAGAAGCCCAGGAAGGUCGGAGCUAUCAGGGAUGCCCGAGUAGACACCUUGCCUUCUCCUGAGGGUGACCCUAAGUAGAGGGGUUGAGAUGUUGAGAGGGGUCUGUGCCUGUCCCCCGUUUCUCAUCUUCAGUCCUUUUCUGAGUCUGCACACUGGCUGGCCAGCAGGUGGACUUGACUGUGGCCCUAAUCAUAGCAUCUUCUGGGGCCUGGGAUGUUCCCCACCCCUUGCCUUCAUCCAGUGUCAUAUGGAAAGGACUGGGCAGGUGGUGACCAUUUCUCCCUCAGCAUCAGUACCAGUCUGUGUGAAAGGUGGGCGUAGGACUCUGGCUAGCCUGCCCUCUCAGGCCCUGUGAGGCUCCUCAGGCUGGGCCUCACAUGGUGAGUAGUAGAACUGACCCCAUACUUUGUCAGUCAUGGGAAGUUCAGCCCAGACCACUCCUGGGACCCCUCCCCUUCUGCCCUUUCCUCCUCGGAGUCCCUUGAGCCUAGCAGCAUUGGAUGCAGGCCAUCUGGCAUCGUUUUGUGUCCCCCAGUCCAAUCUGAAUGCCCCUUCAGAGCAGCUGGCCCUGUUGGGGCCCCGGGUGUAUCCCUAGCCCAGCAGAUACAGAAUGCUGCCAGGUUGUCUUUACCCAGUAGGAGGUGUGGCCAGCCCCUGGCAGGCUGUGGUGACCUCCCUUAUUUCUUGGCCUUCACUACAGAUGGCAGCUUGGUCCACGGGUGGGCAGUGCUGGCUGUCUUUCCCUAGGCUCUGUGUUGGUGGCCCUGAGGUGACAAGCCACACCUGGGGGAGAGGGGAACCUUUGUCCACCCUGAGGCCAGGUGGGCUUUGGUUUACCCACGAAGCAGCUGGAGUCCCCCAUUUAGCCCCUGUGAGGGGACCAGCGGCAGGACUGGGUGGUGAUAGGUUGGCGAAAGUGUAAAUAACUCAACACCUGCCAGUGUGGAUGAGUGGCUUUAGUGUCUUCAGACUGUGACUAGCACUUUGUACCUUUGCACACAUGCUGCUUGCCAGCCAGUGCCCUGCAUUUUUUCCAUGUUGGUGUAGAGCCUCCUGCCUAGCUCUGCCAGCGGGCCCUACAAGGGGCACUGUGCCCACCCAGACAGCCCAGUUAGAGAUGAUGUUUACUCCAUGUGCUCAAGAAUUCGCUGUCACACCUCAAGCCCUUGGAAUGACCAAAAAUGAGCAGCCUAUGUGGGAAGUGCCAAGAUUCCACCCCAAAGAAAGGAACACAAGUCCAGAUCUUUCCCCGUUUGCUGGUGCUGGGCUUGCACUACCCUCAGAAGUGGCUGUGCCAUACCCCAGGGUGUGUCCUGCCUGGUCUGUAGCCUCCCGGGCUGCCGUGCCACUAAGUACCACCCCUCCUCUGCUUCUGCCAAAACUGCACAAAUGCAUCUUAUCUGUGGUCUCAGUGUAGACAUUCCUCAUGUUUACGUUAUUUGUAAUCUACAAAACAAAUCCUUAGUGGUACAGUUUUUACUUUGAUUUCAAUCUGCAGGAAUUGUCGAUUGUGGCCAAUGUGGCUUGUCCUCUGUAUUUAAGUGAGACUGUCCUCAUGUGCAGUACGUCCCUGUACACUGGUCCUCUGUGUAUAACUUAUCACUACCUGAAUGUGACCUAACUUUUAUCUGGGACAAAUACAGUCUGGGCUUCACUGUUCUGCAGCUGCCUGCCUCUGUCUUUGUCCGGCAACCAAUGUGUAAGGAGAGGGCAGACGGACUGGCAGCCCUGCCAGGUGUUUCUGCACGUGGGGAGGUGGUU